UAGAGCUCCUCCCCAGCCACGUCGGCGUUUGUUCAUAAAAAAGUUGGUGUUUUUCAGUAAAAACAAGAUCUUUCCGCCCCAUCCUGAUAAGAAAUUUCAGAGUAAACGACCACAAGUUGUAGUGAACAUGACGACGAAACACGUGGCCUGGUGUUGGACCGGAAUUUUGCUGGUGCUGGCCACUUCCGCCUUGCCGGCACUCGCGGAACCCGGUGAAACGCUCGUGCUGCUGGACAACCUGGCCAUCAAGGAAACGCACUCGAUCUUCUUCCGGACCCUGCAGGACCGCGGAUACAAGCUCACGUUCAAGCUAGCGGACGACGGCAGCCUGGUCCUGUCCAAGUACGGCGAGUUCCUGUACAGCCACCUGAUCCUGUUUGCCCCUUCCGUCGAGGAGUUCGGCGGCUCGCUGAGCGUGGAAUCGAUUACGGAGUUUAUCGAUAACGGUGGCAACGUGCUGGUGGCCGGCAGUACCGCAUCCGGCGAUGCCCUCCGUGAGCUGGCUUCCGAGUGCGGGUUCGAGGUGGACGAAGAGCGGGCGGCCGUUAUCGAUCAUCUCAACUAUGACGUGUCCGAUGCCGGCGACCACACCACAAUCGUCGCCUCGCCGGAUAAUCUGAUUGACGCCAGCAUCAUCGUCGGAAACCGGAAGACGGUGGCUCCGCUGCUGUACCGUGGCACCGGACUGUUGGCCGACCGGGAGAACCCACUCGUGCUGCAGCUACUGACGGCGGACAGCAGCGCCUACAGCUACAUUCCCGAUGCUCCCGUCAAGGAGUACCCGCAUGCGGUCGGCAAGGGCACGCUGCUCAUUGCGGCCCUGCAAGCACGUAACAACGCCCGGGUAGUGUUCUCGGGUUCGCUCUACUUCUUCUCCGACGAAGCUUUCCUGUCCGGGGUGCAGCGCGUGCAGCCGGGCGGUGCCGGCAAGCGCUACGAACGCUCGGGUAACCAGGACGUUGCCUUGGCCAUCACUCGCUGGGUGUUUGGAGAGAAUGGUGUGAUCCGGGUGCGCUCCGUUAGCCACCACAAGGAAGGUGAAGCUCAGCCACCGUCAGCGUACACGAUCACCGAUCCGGUGGUUUAUACGAUCGAAAUUGAAAACCUGGCUGCCGAUGGCAAAUGGAAACCGUUCGAGGCGACCGAUGUGCAGCUCGAGUUCGUACGGAUUGAUCCGUUCGUGCGUACCACGCUCAAACCGGUCGGUGGUGGACGAUACGAGGCACGGUUCCGCAUCCCGGACGUUUAUGGCGUUUACCAGUUUAAGGUCAACUAUGAUCGCAUCGGGUACACGCAGCUCUACUCCACCACCCAGGUAUCGGUGCGUCCUCUUACCCACACCGAGUACGAGCGGUUCAUCCCGAGCGCCUUCCCGUACUACGUCAGCUCCUUCUCGAUGAUGAUCGGAAUGUUCCUGUUCUCGUUCAUCUUCCUGCACUUCAAGGAUGAAGGCAAAACGGCCGUCACCGGUAAAGCGGCCGGUGGUGAAGGAAAGAAAACUCAGUAACAUAUAGGGAUUGGUCGUCAAGGAGACCCCCGAGAGUGUCCCUUAGCCAGUAAGCAUGAAACAAAAUGAAACUAAGAAAAAAAACAUUCAAAUAAAAUGCUGAAACUUCUUUUCUCAAUCACACUUA